AAUACCAAACACACACACACACAUAUAUACUAUAAAAUAUAAAACACAAGCGAAUUAUAAAAUAAUAUAAAUUUUUAAUAAAAAUCAUGAAUACGUCGAUCGAUAGUGUGAGUAAUACUCGCAACUCGCAACUUACAGUACUCACACUCUUAUCCCUAAUAUCGAUGGUUUCUAUGACAACGCUGAGGCCGCGAAUGAGAAAACAUUGACAUGAAACGAAACUGAAGUGUAAAAGUUUAUGUACUUUACGUCAGGUUAUCGUGACUAUAGUGAAUGAACACAAGUUUUAAUUUUUCGCGAAAAUGUCCUACCGUGAUUUACGUAGUACGUAUAUAAAUAUAAAAUUAUUAAUAUAGAUAUACAUGUAUACAAACAAAAUCGUAAUGCGAUUUACCUUUUUUUCGCUCUCGACUAUAGAUUUUACGGAGAUGAUGAGGGUUUUGGGUUAUCCGAGGUUAAUUUCCAUCGCGAAUUUUCGCGUACCGAAUUUUCCCUUGGUCGCGGAGAUUCUAGUUUGGUUGGUAAAACGAUUCGAUCCAGAGGUUGAUAUAUCCAGCGAUCACGAUACUGAAGAACAACGUGUAGCAUUGAUACGUACCGUUGCUGAAUUUAUGGCAUUGAAGACAAAUGUAAAAUUAAAUACCAAGAAGUUAUAUCAAGCUGAUGGUUACGCGGUGAAGGAGAUGUUGAAGAUAGCAACAUUAUUGUAUGACGCGCAAAGCAAUAGCAGCACUGAACAGAAUCAACUGAGUGGUAAUCAAAAUGCGGUAGAUUUCGACAUAUCCGAUAAAAUUAACAAGCUGAAAACAACUCGGCAGCUGGCGAGUCAGUUGACCAUCAACGGGGCGACUCUCUUCGAUUUACUUGGCCGAGAAGUGGAACUUCGUGAGAUUCGCAAUAUGAAAAUCGCGAGACAAUUCGAUACUUCGGAAAUUGAAGUAGCUUUGAAGGAUGUCAUUGAGAACACUCGUAAAGAGAUCAGUGAAACAAAAAAGCAAAUUGAUAAUGUUAAGGAUACAGAACAAAAUUUAGAUGUAAGAAUAGAGAGACGGAAAACGGAACUCGAUAGGAAUCAAAAGAGACUUCAUACAUUGAAAAAAGUUCGUCCGGCAUUCAUGGAGGAAUUUGAGAAGCUGGAAGUCGAAUUCAGAGCUUUGUAUGAUGAUUAUUUACAAAAAUUUCGGUAUCUAGCGUAUCUGGAACAUUUGUACGAAGACACGGCUAAAAUGGAGCAAGAAAAAUUCGAAAGACGGCAAGCUGCAACAAAGAAGCAACUGGAACAAAUGAGAGGCGAAGAUACGGAUUUCGAAAGCAUGAUGGAAGGGAACGAUUCUAUAUUUGCUUCAAAUCUUCAAGAGCCUCUUGUUACUCCCCUUACAAAUCCGGAAACUGCAGCGGCAGAAAAAUCUGGUCAAUCCACUCGUGUCAAGCCAAGCACUGGAAGAGGGUCAAAGAUGCAAUAUACCCAGCGGCGCAUUUACGGUAGUAUGUCUGGACGGCAAAGAGGCACGAUCCAAGAAUCAAAUAACAGCGACGGCUCGCUGGAUAGUGAUAGUGAUUUACUGAUUGAUGGUGAUCUCGAUGACGAUGAUGACGAAGAUCUUCUAAAUUCUGUAGGUCCGACGGAUAUGGAUAAUUAUAAUGUCAAAGCCGCUCAAGAAAAGCGGUCCGUUAGUAAAAUAGAAAGACAUUCGGAUGAUGAUUUUUAAUAUAUAUAUAAUGUAAUUUCUACCGAUUAUCUGAUUAUUUUUAUAUAUUAAAUGUUAAAUAUUAAAUGAAAAAAUAAACAGUGAUUAAUAAAAUUAACAAGUUUAAUUUAAAAAAAUUAAUGCAAAAAAACUUGGCGCUUAUUGCGCCAAUCAAAGUUAUGUUUUUAUAAGAAUAAAAAUUAUUGAUCUCUCA